GCCGGCGCUUGCCAGAGCCUUUGAUAUUGAGCUGUGUAGUGUUCCUCACUUGAGCUCUUCCAUUGCCACCUGGAGGUCUACUGGUCCGCUCCUGUCAGGUCGUUGGACCUUGCAUCACUUCGAGUCUGUUCAAAGAAACAGACAUGCCGGAAAUCGAUAUCAAACACGCACCCUCCGACUUCGCAUCAACAUCUCCCACGGACUCUGCUCCUUCGGCGAGUUACUACCCUACACCCACACUACCACACUCAUCAUCUGCCGGAAUUGCAAAGAGACGGAAGAAUUCAAAGGUCAAGAUGAGCCCUAUACUCAAACGCGCUUCGUCAACUCCGCAGUUGAACGGCCUCUCUGUUCAGGAGGCGGGGGGACUCUCUCCCACAGCUCUCGACAAGAGAAGGAACAAGCUAGGCUACCAGCGCAUAUCAAUUGCUUGCUCGCACUGUAGACGCAGAAAGAUCCGCUGCGUUCUGGCUGAGAGCGACGACAUGGGCCGAUGCAACAACUGCAUUCGACUGAAAAAAGAAUGUGUCUUCUAUCCUGUUGAUUCAGCCGGUGGACCUGAAAGUCGCGCGCAAACCAAGGGAUCUAAGGAUUCAUCAGUAAUUUCUAACUCGCCAUCCGAGAUGCAUCCUCCGGGCUCAAAACUAGAACAUGAUCAUGAAACAGGCCGUUUCCCUCAUCUCGCAUCGAAUGCGCCACCGGAAUAUGGCUCUGUCGACCCUGCCACGGGGUUAGGCAUCUCUACAGGCACACCCGUCGCGUCCGAGUUUGCAUUCGCUCGCCCUGGCUAUCCCGCCAUCUACACCAAUGACAUGUCAGGAACCGAGCCCCCAACCCCUGUGCAUUGGAGCUCGUCGCAGAUGGGUGAAUACCCCAACUAUUCCACCACAACAGCCGAACACUCUCCCAACGUAUAUCCUUCUUUCUCUUUCCCGCCGCAAAGAGAUGAGUAUGCUCUCCAGCAGCCUCCGUUGCGAUCCAUGUCGUAUGGACACAUCGAACCCCAGCUCGGGAACUUUGCACCGGCUGCAGCUCCUAUCGAAUACACUAGACCAGGAUCAGCGCAUUACAGUCUGACACCUCUCGACACAGGAGCUCCUCCAGUCUGCACCAUGUCAGAAUCAUCUAUGACACCUGUCACGAGUGAGCCAACCAUGACUCCUAUUGGCAUGUACCCUCCUCAGUGGGGUUUCUAUCAGCACCAGCAACAACCCCCCAUGGGUAUGGACUAUUCGUCUAGACACGACUCUCUGCCCACGCAGUGGUAUCAUCCUCAGCAGCUCGGACCAUCUAUGACAGAGCACGAUUUACAUCACCACCAACAGCACCCCAUGUCCCAUGCUCCCGGAAGCGGAUACUCCAAAAGACCUUAAGCGAAAUUGCUCUUGGACCUAUCAACCACAACUCCGACUACGUUUCGAGGAGCUUCACUUCAAUUUCUAGAUUUAUGGGUUCUUUCUUUCAUUGGGCUUACAUUUGGGCGUUUUCAGCGGUGUAAAAAAUCAGGAUGGGAUAUGUAUCUUAUCAGGCGUUUUCAAGACGUAUCGACAGCACACGACAGGGUGGUCUCUCAAUAGGAGACUUGGAGUUCUGUGUUUUGGGAGGAAUUAAUGGGCCGGGAGAAUCAAUCUGGUGACGGAUUGAUGCACAUACAGUAGUUUGCUUUCUUGUUGGAAUCAGUACAC